CAUGUUGGAGCAGCGAGUGUUCAACUUCUCACCCUGAGCACACAGUGCUGUGACAGAGUCUCAGUAACACCUCAGUCAUCUCAGGACGGGUUCCUCUGCAGGCUUCUUUUUUCUUCUGUUGUUGAUGCAUCAGGAGGCGUGCCGGGCCGGGCCGGGCCGGGCCAGCAGUCUCAGAGGCUCCAUGUGAUCCUGCAGGGGGGGGGUCGCUCUAAAACAACACUUCCCCACCACCCAGGCUGCAUUUGAGAGCUUCUCUUCCUCCGCUGCAGACACAGGAUUUAGCUUUUUCCUCCGCUGCUACCUUUUGGGAUAUUUCCAUUACCGGACAGUGACGGGCUGCUGCGGCAUGGGCGACGCGCAGUCUGCGCACCGCGACGCUGAAGCGGCAGAGGAGCGGAGCGGGGACGCGCGGGACGAUGAGCAGGAAACUGGAGACAAGCCUCUCAUAAACAAUGGGCAGGUCUCUGAGGUCUGUGGGAAAGCAGAAAGCUCGAUAGCCGAAGUGAAUGGUCUCUGUGAGGAGCAGGUUCGUGCAGACGCUUUCCUUUCACCGGAGAAGGAUGAUUCAGAAACAGAAAAGCCACUCAAAGAAGAAGAUGUAGAAAAUGUUGAAAUAAGUGAAAAGGAAUCGCUUAAUGAAGCUGACGAAGAAGAACCUCUGGAAAUGAUAGCAAUGGAUGCAAAGCAGAAUGACAUCAAUGAAGGUUUCAGGAGAUUUUUCAGCAACAUUGGUUUGAAGCUGACGGUAAAGAGUGGCUCAGGUGACGUAGCAUCAGACCCGAACAGACCAGAAGACAUUGGAGAUACAACAAUGGAAACCACAAGUGAGAAUCCUGAAGAAAAGACUGAUCUGAAGAUGGCUCAGGAGACGUAUGACAAUGAUUCAACAACAUGUCCUACCCUGACUGACGUCUCACCGGAGGACGCUCCACAGAAUGCGGAGGAGGAAACACCAGAAACCAAAGAGGAAGCUGAGUCUGAUUAUGUAGAUGCAGAAAUGCCUGUAGAAGAAGAUUCACAGCAGGAAGCCACGCCUGAAGAAGAACCAGAAUCUCCUUCUGGUCCUGAAGAGGCGGAGGUCGUGUCUCCAAUUAAAAGAUUUUUCACUACUGGAAUCUUUUCUGGACUACGAAAGAAAAAUAAGCUUCCAGAAGAGGAGACAGCUGACAAAGAACUGGAGGACCUGGGGAAGAAGGAGGUUGUAGAGACGGCAGAACAAACUGAACAAGACCAACACCAGGAUAGAGAGGACAUUCGUGAUGAUGUUGAAGCAGCUGCAGUUGAGACAGAACAUAAAGAACUGAAAGGGGGUAAGACGCCUGCAGCUCAGAUCCCAGAUCCUCUGACCGUCAUCGUCACUGAGCCUGAAAUCCUGAGUUCUCAAGAGAAGGAAAAGGUUCAAGCAAGUCCUCUGAAAAGGCUGUUUUCAGGUUCUAGUUUCAAUAAACUACCCAGAAAGCAAAGGAGCAGGAGGUCAAGUGAUGCAAGGAUGUCUGACUCUGGAGAACAUGUUUCUGAGAAAGUCAUAUCAUCGACUGAGUCAGAUGACAAUCAGAAAGGAGAAGUUCGUGCACAAUCGUCUGCAGAAGAGGAGGAAGGUGCAUGGGCUUCCUUCAAAAAACUGAUGACUCCCAAAAAGCUCAGGAAGAGACCGUCAAUUAGUAACGAAGAGACUCAAAUCAAAUGUUUAGUCGAAGAGUCAAAGGCAGUCGAAGGAGCGCAAAUAUCAGAUCACAGCACAGAAGAAGGCAACAAACGAAAAGACUCUUCUGUUUCAUGGGAAUCUGUUUUGUGUGGAUCUGGAAGGAGAAGAAGCCGUAAAACAUCCGACUCUGAGGAGGAAACACCUCAAAACAAUAACGAUAAAAACAAGCAAGACACUGGAUCUAAAGGUGGUGCAGAGUCAGGGCUCGAAAGCUCUCAUGAGGAAAGUGUAAGUCCUUCAGAGGCGGAUGCAGGGUCCACAUGGAAAUCGUUGAAAAGACUUGUCACCCCGAAAAGGAAAUCAAAGGAUGAAGAUGAGAGCAAAGACGGAGUACAAUCUGAUAGUGAGUCUACUCAAGAUGAGUCCUCCUUCUCAAUAAAGAAACUUCUACCUGGCAGAAAGAAGGGAAGGUCUACCGAAAAGCCAGACCAAGUAUCUUCAGACGAGGCGGAUAAGGACGUUGCUUCAGAAGAUGAAGACUCGGAAACACCAGCUAUUGUUCCUUUGUCUGAGUUUGAUAUAGUUGAGACAGCGGUUCAAAUACAAACACAGGCAGACAUAGAGAGGCGUAUUCCCAAGGAAGCAGACCAUGAAGUCCAGCGAGGUCUCCUUGAUCAGAAGGCCGAGCCAGUCCUACAGGGGGUCUGUCUGCAAGCUGAAGCAAACAAAGUCCAAGACAAGGAAGAUGCUUUAGAGAGCAAGGCGCCUUCAAGUGAAGAAUCUGAUGAUACAGAAUCACUCAGUAAACCACAGCUCAGUGACAUCGCAGAGGAGGCCACCCCAGCUUCUGUCACAGAGGACGCAGCUAGAGACGACACUAUCGCAGAGGACCUGAUAGAGAUCACAUCCGAGGCCUUUACUGCACCAGAGCCUUUGGACAUCACCCAGGAGGAUGAAACUGAAAUGAUCUCUGCAGUUUCCCAGUUAUCUUCAGAGUCUUCGAAAACAUCUGGAAACACGACACCAGUUCCAGCCGAAUAUGUCGUGAAGGAAACAGAUGCACUUCUGUAUCAGGUUGUUGAAACCAUUUUGAUUAGCCCAAAGGAAGUUCCAGUUUGUUCAGAUGAUGUUAGAUCUGAUAGAGUGGUUGUUUCCGUCUCACAUCAAAUAAUGGACACAAUUGUAAAGAAAGGGCAGACAGUUCUUGAAAUACACAAAGGAUUAGAUGCAACUGACAGUAACCCAGAUCUAGAUGUAGAAGAACUGGAAGCAGUUGACAAACUUACAGCUAGCGCCCGAACAGAGAGCAUAUCUGAAGUCAAUGACUCUGUUUCCACAGAGAUCGUAUCUGAAGUUCAUACAGAGCAGUUUGAUACUGCUGAAAUUGCUUUGGAUGAUGAACAUGAGGUUGAUGUUACACAUCCGGAGCAAAGCCUUAAAGAACUAGAAAGUAUUGAUGAGAUCUAUCAGCUGGGGGAUUGCCUAUCAGCUGCUUCUACAGAUAUAUUCCCUCCAGGUGAAGACAUUGUCCUGGAGGAAGGAUCUCUCGUUGAGGCACAUCUAACUGAAACAGAGCUCCCAAAGAAUGACCCUCAAGUAGCAGCUGGAACAGAAGCUGAGGAAACCAGGGAUGAGGCUAUGGAGCAGGAUGUCCAAUCUCUGACAGAAAAGGAAUAUCUUAUUCACAAUGUCACUGAUCAAAUUCAGGUUGAGGAUAAAGAUGAACCACCAGUAGAGGCCAAGGAGAAGCAGGAGUUGGAUCCAGAGGAGGGUCGUGUUCAAUCCCCUGAAAAGGACAUUAUAUCAGAAGACAUACUAGCAGCGGAAACACAUGAACACAAAGAGGAAAUAUUGGCCCUUACUGAGGUCAACGUUGAGCCAGAGAAGGAAGAUGAACGAGAAACAGAUGCUGCCAGACCUGAACAUGUUCAAGAACAGGAAGCAUCAGAGGCUCUGCAAACCUCCACAUUGACUUCAGAGCAGGGCAGUGAUCAAUCACCAACAGAGGAAGUACAAUCAGAGGACUUUCCUGAAGCAGAACCGGUUACAGAUCAACUCAAACAGACAGAAGAGUGUCUCGCUGAAGUCAGUGUUGAGCCAGAAGAACCAAAAGAGGAUUUAUUACCUCUAACCGAAGGCAAUCUUGAGCAAGUUGAGGCUUCCAGAACAGUUGAAGAAGUAUUAGAAGCUGAAAAAGCAUCUGCAUCAGCUUCAGAGGUAGGUAGUCUACUUUCUCUUGAACAUGAAGAAAUACCAGGGGAUGUUUCAGCAGUGGAAGCAGUUACAGAUGAACCCAAAGCGGAAACAAUACCUUGCACUGGAGACCAUCUUGAGCCAGUGGAUGCUCCCAAAACCAAUGAUGAAACACCAGAAGUAUUAGAGGUUGCUCAAGCACCUACAUUCGAACCGCCAGAGGUCAGUGUUCAAUUGCUUGAGAACGACAUCAUAUCAGAGGAUGUUCCCGAACCACAGAAAGUUAUAGAUGAAGCCAACGAGGAGACACUACCUUGCACUGAAGCCAAUCUUGAGCCUGCGGUUCCUUCCACAACUCAAAAUGUUCAAGAACCAGUAGCAUUGGAAGCUGUUGAAGCACCAGCAUCAGAUUCAGAAGAGGUCACAUCAGAGGACGUCUCAGUAGCAGAAUCUGAAGUAGAAGAUACCAAAACUGAACAUGUUUUAGCCCCAGAAAAACUGGAAACAGAUCCAGUAGAAGCUGUUCAAGCAGCCAUAUUAGACUCAGAGGCAGGUAGUCUUCUACCACUGGAGAAAGAAACAGAGGAUGUAACAGCUGUAGAAACAGUAACAGAUGAGCCCAAAAAGGAAACCAUACCUUGCACUGAGGCCCAUCUUGAGCCAGGGGAUUCUCCUAAAACCAAUAAUGAAAUACCAGAAGUAUUAGAGGCUCCUACUGAAGCAAACAUUCAGCCAGUAGAUGAAGAUGUUCAAGAAUCAGUAGUAUUACCAGCUGUUCCAGUACCCACAUUAGAUUCAGAGGCAGGCAGUCUUCAACCAUUUGAAAAAGAGGUAAUAUCCGAGGAUGUUUCAGGUGAAACUGAAGAGGAAACAAUACCUUGCUCUGAAGCCAAUGCUCAGCCAGUUGAUGCUCCCAAAACAAGUGAAGAACCAGAAGUAUUACCAGACAUAUUAGGUUCGGAAGACGUCAUAGAAACAAUUCCUCUAAAUAAAGACAAUACUGAGUCAAUGGAAACGCCAGAAACUGAACAUGAUCAAGACGAAGAAAUACUACAAGCUGUUCAAGCAUCUAGAUCAGAUUCAGAGGUGGGAAUCCCUCAAUGGUUAGUACAGGAGGUUAUCUCAGAAGAUAUUCCAGUAGUGGAAACAGAUAAAGAUGAACCCAAACAGGACGAUGACGUUGAGCCGGAAGAAAGACUACCAGAGGAAGCUGCCAUAACUGAACAUGUCCAAGAACCAGAAGUACUACCAUCUGAUUCAGAAGCUAUAGUGACUGAAAUACAAGCUGAUGAAGGAAGACCAAUGGAUGUGAAGGAGGUCCUAGAAGAUAUUGAGGGAGGUAAUGCUCAGCAGGAGAUAUUAAUAGAAGGCGUUCCAAAACCAGACGUUGACCAUGUCAUUGCUUCAGUUACAAAUGGGAUUGAAAGUGAAGUUGUGGCCCAACUGGAUACUUCUUUAGAGACGGCAGAGGAUCAGAAAACAGAGAGUAUCCCACAGGAUGUCGUGGUUGAGCAGGAUAACUGCGUACCUGAAGUUGUAGACGAGAUACAAACAUUGACAGCAGUUUCUGUAUCCCUUGUUAUUGAGGAAACAAGUGUUCAGGUCCUGGAGAAUACCGUAUUAACCGAACAACUUGCAGCGCUGUUUGAAAACACCGCUAAAGUCACCAAUGAACCAAACCAUGAAGUGCAGCUCGGUGCAGUGCAAGCCACUGUUCAGACAGAAAAAGAAAGUGAACUUCCAGGCACUGAGACAACAAAUGCAUUUGAGCGUGCAGUCGUGGCGCAAGUAGUCGUAUGCAAAGAUGCCUCAGUUGCAAUACCUGAUGUGUUGGUACAGAAAACCUCAGCUAUCCCUGAACCCUCGAUCAGUAAAGUGGCAAGUGAGCAAGUGUUCAAGGAUGAGUUAGAGACUUCCACACCGUUACUGAAAGAUGAAGCAGAUGAGAAAGUAGAGGGAGGCAGCGUGGUGGUAAUGAUGCAUGUGCCGUCUGUCGAGUCUGAGGACAAUCACAGAAUUCAGGUGCAGGUGGUGGACGUUGAUGUAAAAUCAGCCGAGACAAUUCGGGACUCAGUGCUAGAGGUAGAGGUCACAGAAGACAAGGAAGUCAUCGAUGUUUGUCAUGAAACAGUCACAAAGGUAGAGGACUUCUCAGCAACUCCAGAGAUUGAAGAGGAACUAACUAACGAGGAACUCAAGGUGACCAUUGAAGAAGUUGUUCCACACGUAAAGGAAAACUUACCAGAACCUGAAUCAGUGGUGGAACAAGAAGGAGAAGCUGUCAAAGAAGUGGUUCAAGGGGAAGUUGAGAAACAGGAUUUGGAGGAAACUAAAGUUGAGCAGGAAAGAUGCAAAGCAGGGGUUGUAGUAGAAGAGGUCAAAUUGGAUCAAAUCAUUCGUGAGGAAGCUCAAAUGAUCCAGAGUCCGACUGUAACACAUGGUAACGCUGGAAUAGCUACCCCACACAACACUGGGAUCAUCUCGUCAACAAGUAACGUCAUUGAAUCUCCUUCAAGUGUUUCCAUUGAAUUCAAACUCAACAUACGGUACGGACGAGCGAGUUCUCAAGCUCCAGACGUGUCGGAGGUCGGAGUUCAGGCAGUGGAGGAACCUGUGAAUCAAAUACAAAGAGAUGAGAGCGAGAUACAGAUAAAAGAGAGAGCUGUUCAGGCAACAGAAAUCCCAGAGCCAGCGGCAGCCUCAGAUUCAACAGAACGAGCCGUCGUCACGACUCCUCCUGUCCUCCUGGAUAUCCACAUCCAAGCGCUGGGAGAAAUCAAACCACCGGAGAGAGAGACCUCUAGUGUCCCGGCGGCAGACACCAUACAACCUGUGAAGCAAACGGAGACAAGAGGAGAGCCGGUUAUCUCUGUAGCUUCUGCCCAACAAGUGGAGGAGCCAGUCAAAGCAAAGGAGGAGGAACAUGAGCAGGAUGUGUGGAUGGAUGCGGAGGAAGACAUUCGGGAGGAAACCGAGGUGCCCCGUAAAGAGGAGGAGGACUUUCUGGAGCCUUGCAAAGGAGACGAGGAAGAGGAGAAGGCAGGACUUGAGUUACAAAUGGCUCCUAAUGGAAAGACGGAGGAGGAAGAACGUCCUCUGGAAACGCACAAAACAGUUGAGGUGGAGAGUGAUGAAGACUUUGCUGUUGCACUCGAGAGUCCUGACCCCGAAACUGUGAGCGUCACCACGAUGUAGUGCAACUGAUUUCGCCUAACUUCAGCGUCAGUAACCAGGGUGGACAAUCAAAGAGGAGACGUUUUCAAAAAGCCUUUGAAGAGUUUCACCGGCAGAAAAACAGGAAACUGCAUUUUGAUGCUUUUAUUGACAUCCAAAAAUCUAAGUUUGUAUGUAAGAGUAUUUUAUCAAUAUGAAUAUCAUAUAAGUGUGUGAUUAAACAGAGAAGAGCUGCAGAGUGCUCGCAGUGAGUUUUAUUACUAAUCCUGUCUUUCUAAUUCUAUAAAUCAUGUUUUUGCAGAUGUAUCAGAUGAAUGUAUGUCUCACUUUAGCGCUUUAAAUACAUUAAAGGUGGGGUAGGUAGUUCACUUCAGAAACACUUGUUAUAUUCCAUGGAAUGCUCUUAACGCCCCGAUAGCAAUGAAUAUCUGAAGUGCUUUCACAAUAAAUACA